AUGAGCAGAGAACCGCGGUCCAGGUUCUCUCAGGAGUACGAGAUAGCCCAUCGCGAAUUUCAGACAAUCAGAAGACAGCACACCAGGAUUUCGCAUUGCGGUCAAGAGUUUGUCUUGGCAGACAGGGUGACAGAAGGCUUGAAGAAGCGAUCCGCCACGUGCCCCAAUACCUACGACAAUGACCUUGACAGGCUUGGUCAGACUGCGUACCUUCGGCGAAACCCAGCGCCUCCUUACAUGAAGAAAGAGGAAUACGACAGAUACCUUCUCAUCUUCUACACUCUUCUGGAUAUUCAAGCUCCAUACUUGAUCCACCAAUUCCGCGACAGUGGUCUCAACUCCGACUUCUUACCGAUCAAACUAGAAGAGCUUCGCGAUAAUAUCAAAGCACCAGAUGAUUUCAACAAUUUCCAUGAGCAGUUCUACGAGAAGCAGUCCGCUUGGUGUCCGAUAAAACUAGAGCUUGGAAUGCAUCGAAAGUUCAAGUACUCAGUCAGCCCCUUUUUGCAAAAGGUCAAGAUGGAGCCAUAUCGUGAUGGAGCGGGAGCCAGAGACAACAAUGCCAAACUUUACACCAUAGAAGUGCCAGAGGAGCUUGUUGGGCCGAAUCUGCGCAAAAAGAUGGCGUCAGCGAAGAUCGAGAGACUAGAGAACAUCGGCGGGCGUCAGUUCAAAAGCCUGAGAUAUCGAUUCGCAAUGAAGCAGUUCGAAUCGCACAGAUACCCCCAGUUCAACAACGAGACACGAAUGCUGACGAAUCUUGAGAAUAACGAAGGGAUGAUUCAAUACGUCGGCUGGUUUCGAAACUAUGAGGUGGAUCAGGAAGGAGGCAAGAAGGAAUAUUGGAACAUUCUUCUCGAGCUAGCAGACUUUGAUUUCUAUACAGCGAUCAGAAAGGAAUCGCCGCCAAUAUCCUUCGAAGAAAUCCACGGGUUCUGGAGCACCAUGUCCGAAAUCGCUGCCGCCCUAGCGUCUAUUCACAAAGUUACCUUGGGAGGGAAAGAUUACCUCACAUGGCAUGGUGAUAUUAAGCCUGAGAAUAUCCUCCGCGUUAAUGAUUCUUUCAAAUUGGCGGAUCCUGGGGAAGCAAGCAUGUCAUUGAAAUCGCAAGAUAUGUCACGGCCACAGCGAACGGCCAUGUUUGGCGGGACGCGAACUUAUGCUGCCCCAGAAAAGGAAAUCUACUGGGAACACAAUGGUAAGAAGACACCACAGGUUGACCAGACCAUCGAUGUUUGGUCACUGGGUUGCGUGUUCUCUAUUGCUGCAACCUAUGUGGUCCUGGGCACCCAAGGAGUGUUGAUAUACAAUCACCUUCGUCGACAGGCGAUCCACGACGCAAAUGGAACGAUAGGCGAUACUUUCCAUGAUGGGUCUUGUGUCCUGUCCCAAAUUACCAACUGGCACAACUAUCUCCGAGAAGCCGUUAGGAAGACCGAUGCCUUCUCAGCUGCUGUGCUGGAUAUGGUUGACGACCACAUGCUCGUUGAAAAAGACAACCGAUGGACAGCCACGAAAGUUUGUUCAUGGUUCACUGAGAUGUUCCAGACGGCGGGGUCUAUGGACACAACAGUUCCCAACGAGCUGCAAGAGAUCCUGCUGAGCAUUAACGAUCAAGUUGAGCUCAAAUAUGAGCAGCAUUCGGGAAUAAAACGGCCAGACAAUGAAGACGCACCCAAGAGACCAAAAGCAGCCGAUAGCUUGCCUGAACUGGAAUCAGAGUUCAAGAGUCGUCAGCAACUUCUGGAGCAGGACAUCUUACCAACGGCCCAGCGAUCUCAGAACCGCCCGGGUUCAAUCCGCCAAUCGCGUCGUCCAUCGUCUAGUAUCGGCACUCUGUCUAGGACAGCGACGAAAUCUCAAUAUGUCGCAGAACCCUCGGUUGAUCCACGAGGAGCAAGCGAUUCACGGUACUCCAUACAAGGCCAUGUACCCGCCACAAGUUCCAACCAACUGUUGCAGCCGCCUGCAUCUCCCAACCGAAAGUCAGUGACGGCAUGGAUGGUCAGACAAGAACUCAAGAAGAAGGGAAUGGUGUGGAAUCCACGAUUGAGGAGUUUCUCUUCGUUCCUCAAGUCACAACCUACAACAAUGAAGGGCAAGACUGCUACAACGCCUGAACUGGCCGCGUUGGAUUCCAAACUCGAGAGAGAGUUCAAAAAUCGUGACAUAGUGUAUCUUGUUGAUAACGGCUCCUCCAUGGCCAAUCACUGGGAAGAAGCAACACAUCUUCUCGAAGUGUUGGUAUGGCGUUCUUUGGGAUAUGACGAUAAUGGAAUGGAACUAUACUUCACCGAUCCAGACACAGAUCCCAGCGCCAAGGUAAAGGAGUCGCGUAACCAAACACUCAAGGAAUUCACGGACGCCAUGAAAGCGGCAGAGCCAAAGACAAGAAGGGGCUCUGAGGUGCUUACCACUAUCCAGCCCGAGCUGGAGAGGAUCAUCAAUCAGUACAGUCGUGCCAAGGCAUCGAAAACAGAACCUCGAAAAAAGACCAUCAUAGUACUGACUGAUGGCAUAUGGAAGGGAAUGCACAAUGAGUUCACUCUAGACACGUAUCUCAUGUCGACGUUGUAUACCCUGAGGGACUCGCACGGUGAUCUUGCCUACUACGAGCGAGGGCAAUCGACUGGCCCAUGCGACAUUGCGGAAAUACGGCCUGUAACAAUCCAAUUUGUACAAUUCGGCGACGAUCCACGAGCGGCCAACCGACUGAGGCGUCUGGAUGAUGAUCUAAAGUUCCUAGGAUAUCCUGAUUUGAUCGAUACAGAGGGCGCAUCGGGAGAUAUCUUCAAAAUGUUUCUCGGAAGUCUCUGUCAAGACGAAGACCUGAAUCCGAGAGCCACUAUCAUCCACGCAUCAACGAACCUUACCAUCCCUCCAAAU